AUGUGUGUCAAUACAUGCAUAGCAUAUACUGGACCCUUUGCUACAUUGGACAAAUGCCCAAUAUGUCUUCAACCACAAUACAACGAAGCAAUGCUCAUGCAAUCUAAGGGGAAGAAAAAGGUUUUUUGUCAGCAGUUCCAUACAAUGCCAAUAGGCCCUCAAAUACAAGCUAUUUGGCAAGACUCAGACAAUGCAACUAAUAUGAGAUACUGGGAGAUACAAACUCAAGAACUAAAUAAAGAACUCAGUCUCAAUGAUGGAGUCCUCAGUUCCUAUGACAACUUCUUCACUGGAAGCAACUACCUCAAUGCCGUCGCAGAUGGUUGGAUACAAGCUGGUGAUACACUAUAUGAAAAAAGGCCUCCAACUGUUGGAUUUAUAUCUGGGUAG